GCCGCUGGCAUCGCUCUGCAGCCGGCCACCCUCCAUUGUCAGCCCCUGGGGGGCCCGGCCCGGCCCGGCCACACGGCCACCAGCCCAGGCCUGGCUCGGGGGCUGUCCUGCAGGAGGGGGCACACCUGGGGGCUCAGGUGGGCAGCAGGGGGGAGAUGAGCUCGCAGGAUGAGCAGCUGCCAGCAGCAGCCCCCGAGGCGGCGGGCAGCGACGAGGGCAUGACCUGGUGGUACAGGUGGCUCUGCAGGAUUGCCGGGGUCAUCGGGGGCGUGUCCUGUGCCUUUGCUGGUCUCUGGAACUGUGUCACCAUCAACCCCCUGAACAUCGCUGCCGGCGUGUGGAUGAUGCUCAACGCCUUCGUGCUGAUCCUGUGCGAGGCUCCGUUCUGCUGCCAGUUCAUCGAGUUCGCCGGCGCCGUGUCCGCCAGGGCCGACCGGCUGCGCGCCUGGCAGAAAGCGGCGUUCUACUGCGGGAUGGCCGCUGUCCCGGUGCUGCUCAGCCUGACGCUCACCACGCUCUUCGGCAAUGCCAUCGCCUUCGCCACCGGCGUGCUCUACGGCCUGUCCGCCCUCGGGAAGAAGGGAGAUGCCAUUUCCUACGCCAGGAUCCACCAGCAGCAGAAGCAGAUGGAUGAAGAGAAGCUCACGGGGACCCUGGAGGGCCAGGCUCUCUGAAGGACACGGGGCAGCACCUCCUGGACACUGAGAUGGUGAAGAGG